AUUUCUUUACAUUUUAAACUUUGCGAUACUAACAACAACUCUCUCUCUCUCUCUCUCUACCCUGCCCUCAGUUUCAGCGCUUUUCUCAGAUAAUUCAAGAAGUGCGAAGGUGGGCAGCCGAGCCUAUCCUACCACAGCAUCAUAGCAUGUCAAUCCAAAAUUUCUGCUAUAAUAUCACGUAAAAAUUUACAUCCAUCUUGAUCCCUUCAUCGAUUCCGGAUAAGAAUUUUGAAGAACAAAAGAGAAAAUGCGGGUGAUCAAAGAAAUGUACCCUCUCUGUUGCAUCCCAUUGGAGAGCAAUAGCCCAUCUGCGAUCGACGAGGGUCCGAUGGAGCCGACCCUUUUGCGAACAGGGUCAGCCGUGAUUAAUGGAUCUGAUGCCAAUGCCAGAGGAUCCGACUCCGCCGUCAGCGUCGCGGGUCUUCUAUAUAAGUGGACUAAUUAUCAUAAGGGCUGGAGAUCCCGCUGGUUCACUCUGAGAAAUGGUGUUCUUUCCUACUCCAAAAGCCGAACCCGGCCAGAGAAUCUCUCCUCCGCCUCCGCUGCCGCCGAUGAUUUAAUCCUAAUCGGCGGCGACUUCAAUAAACGCCACUCCUCCGGCAGCGGAAGACGUAAGCAUGGGAACAAAUCCGCUGGCAUUGUUCAUCUCAAGAUCUCAUCAUUUCGUGAGAGCAAGUCAGAUGACAGACGGUUUUACAUAUUUACAGCUACCAAGACUCUUCAUUUGAGGACGAAUUUGAAGAAAGAAAGAGCAGCCUGGAUAGAAGCUUUGAGUUCCAGUAGAAAUCUCUUUUCAUUGAGACCAUUGAAUGAUAAUCUUUCACUUUUAUCAGAUAUAUCAAUCUCAACUGAGAGGCUAAAGAAACGCUUGCUAGAUGAAGGGAUCAGUGAAGCACUUGUCAAUGACUGUGAGCAGAUCAUGCUUUCCGAAUUUUCUGAUGUACAAGGACAACUGAAGUUUCUUUGUGAGGAACGUUCCAAUUUGCUGGACACAUUACGGCAAUCUGAGGCAGCUAAUGUUGAAGCUGAUGCCAGUGGAGUUCAUGAUGCUGAAUACCACAUGAUGAAGCAUGAGUACUCAAAUUUAGGGCGUGGAAAAUACAGUGAAUGGAGCACUACUGAAUCAUCUGAUGACGUGGAGAAACAAGAGCUUGAAGAGGUUUCAGAUGAAGAGGAAACCAAUUUCUUUGAUACUAAUGAAUAUUUUUCUGAACCAACUAGUAGUUUUGGAUCAAUAAGAGAAGAGGUCAUGGAUAAAGGUAUCAAAUUGGAAAAUCAUAUUAAUGGCAUGGAGAAGUUGGACGCCGAGAAGGAAGAACAUGAAUCCAGAUGCUUAACAAUUGAAAGGCGCAAGAAGCUACCAGAUCCAAUUGAGAAAGAGAAAGCAGUUAGCCUUUGGUCCAUGAUCAAGGACAAUGUUGGAAAGGAUCUCACACGAGUAUGUCUCCCAGUGUAUUUUAAUGAGCCACUAUCCUCCUUGCAAAAAUGUUUUGAAGACUUGGAAUACUCAUAUCUUUUAGAUCGUGCAUAUCAACAUGGGAAAGCGGGGAAUAGUCUCCAGAGGAUUUUGAAUGUUGCUGCAUUUGCUGUUUCUGGAUAUUCUUCAUCUGAAGGCCGUCAUUGCAAACCUUUCAAUCCAUUGUUGGGUGAAACUUAUGAAGCUGAUUAUCCAGAAUUAGGAGUCCGGUUCUUCUCUGAAAAGGUUAGUCACCACCCAACACUUAUUGCCUGUCACUGUGAAGGCCGAGGCUGGAAAUUCUGGGGUGAUAGUAACCUGAAGUCAAAAUUCUGGGGGAGAUCUAUUCAGCUAGAUCCUGUAGGAACUCUGACUGUUGAAUUUGACGAUGGGGAGAUAUUCCAGUGGAGCAAGGUUACCACAAGCAUUUAUAAUCUUAUCCUCGGUAAAAUAUACUGUGACCACCAUGGGAUAAUGCACAUACGUGGUAAUCACCAGUAUUCAUGCAAGCUGAAGUUCAAGGAGCAGUCUAUCCUUGAACGUAAUCCUCACCAGGUUCAUGGAUUUGUGGAGGACAGCAGGGGUAAAAAGGUUGCUACUUUGUUUGGAAAGUGGGAUGAAAGCAUGUACUUUGUGAAUGGAGAGGGGAAUAGCAAGCCUAAAGAUACGUAUAAUGCAUCUUUAUUGUGGAAAAAAAAUAUGCCUCCUGCAAAUCUCACCCGCUACAACUUAACUUCUUUUGCUAUUACAUUGAAUGAGUUGACACCUGGAUUGAAGGAGAAGCUUCCACCUACUGAUUCGAGACUUAGACCAGACCAGCGGCAUUUGGAGAAUGGAGAGUAUGACAAAGCGAAUGCAGAGAAACUACGAUUGGAGAUGCGGCAGAGAAUGUCUAGAAAAUUACAAGAACAUGGAUGGAAGCCCAGAUGGUUCCAAAGGGAUGGUGAAAGUGGAACCUUUCGGUACACUGGCGGAUACUGGGAAGCACGGGAGCAGAGAAACUGGAAUGGAUGCCCAAGUAUAUUUGGUGAAAUUAGUGAAGAUCUUCUGAAUUCUUUCGAGGGCUGCUGACUUCAAGGAGUCGUUGAUCAGGUACUGGAAAUGGUCAGCCAUCUCAAAAUGGCCAUGGAGCAAAACUAUCAGUUCAAAAAAAUCGCAUUUGACGAAGCACUGAUCUUACGAUAAAUACCAGACCGCUUGUUGUGUACGAGGCACUGAAAUGACGUAUAUUAGAUUCUUCUUUGACAGAUGCUUGGCUGCGUAGCAUUGAAGCUCGUGGACUGUGAAGAAUACUCUCUGGGAGUGCUUGGUAGCUCAUGGCUGGCAGCCCCUUGCUUGAGUUGGUCUUCAGGAGAUUAUCAUCCCGGGGUUGACGCAGAGUCAAAUCUUAAAAGAAAACUGAGGGAUCAAAUCUUUUUGGCGACAUUGACAGUUCGACCAUAGUAGAGAACCCUUUUCUUUCUUCUGGGGGCCUGUAGUUUUUGUACUCUCUCCACAAACCUCUCUCCAUUCAUUGAUCAUCAGGGUUACCUUUUUCAUUGCUUGCAUUCCAGGCAAGCAGUGUCUAGGUUACGAUUGUAUUUUCUGCGCCAAAAUAAAUAUGAAAAAGCAAUGUAUUACAGGAAUCAGCGAAGCAAAAUAUCAUUAUCAUUGUUGUAAAGGCCAAGAAUAAUUUACUGCUGGA